UCAUACUAGCAUCACCUUAACCUAAACAUGAAGUAAACAAAGAAGUCCAAAGAAGUCUUUGACAGUUAUGGCAAGAUACUCCAGUGAAUCGGAUUCAGACCACAAUAGCAGAUAUCGAAGAAGACGUAGCAGAAGAUCUAGAUCCUCUAGUUCAGAUUCUAGUGAUUCAUCACCUCAUAGAAGAAGAUCAUCUAAACAUUCAAAAUCUAAAAGGAGACAUCGUUCACAUUCUCGAAGUAGAGGCAGAGACAGAGAUCGUGGUCAAAAAAGUUACAAAAGCUCAAGAAAUAGUAGUUCAAAAGGUAGUGAAAGACAUAAGUAUCGUUCUAGAUCACGUUCUUCAGAUCAAUCUAAAAGAAAGGUUAGAUCCGCAUCAAGAGAAAAAUCUGGAAGUCGUUCAAGUAGUUCACAAUCUAAUGUAAAAAGUACUGUGUCUGACAAAACCAAAACAAUAUUAAUAAAAGAUGAUUUUCCCAUUGAGCCACGUUUUAAGGAGGGUGUAUUAGACGAAAUUAAUUCUGAAGGUUUUACACCGAAACAGUUCACAUCAUCUAAUACAAAGGAAAAGAAAUUUAAAAACAUUGUUAUAGACAUUAGUGCAGAUACUAUACAAGUUCCAACAGUAGCUGAAAUUCCUUGUGGGACAGAGAGUAUUUUUCAUUCAUCGAUAAUGCUUGAUCAAGAAGUGAGGUUUGACAAAUGGGUGAAAAAAUUGUACACCCUUAGGCAGAAAGCUAUAGCUGAUUUAAUACAUUCAAAUGUUACUUGAUAAUUAAAUCAUUUAGUUCUAUUAAA